CAUGCUGUUUUGAGUGGUUAAUUAAAUUCCAGUUACCAUCCUAAAGUAGCUUGACACAAAUCAUAAGCAAAAAGUUUAUCUAGUAAAUAAGCAAUACAUCAUUUACCAUUUUCUAAUAUACUAAAGGUAUACAAUUAAAUAUUAAGCUAUACAAUUGCUUAAUAAAUGUAUGUAUCGUGUACCCUCCUAGGUAGCAAAACAAUAUACCACAUUAGUGUAAAGGCUUUAAGAGUUGCAAAUCAAUUUGUUUAAUGACUAUAUCAACCAAUGAGAACGCACCUUCCUUUAGAAAAUAACUGAAGUACAAUUUAAAAAAAUAUUAAAAUUGAUUAUUUACAUCGAGACUUUCCACUUGGUGAUUUAAAUUGCCUUGAUUUAAAUCAAUCCACCCUGCCUGACAAUGACAUCUAGGGAUUGGCUACACUGGAGAGUUGCAGCGCUGUAAACCCACCACCAGCGCUGCAACUUACUCACCAUCCACACUUGCAAGGCACAUACAGCACUGCAUCUCCCUGGCUGCAGCGCUGGUUGUACUCCUGCUCUGCCUCUGGUAUAAGGAUUGCAGCGCUGGUGAUGCAGCGCUGCUCUGCAAGUGUGGCCACCAAAAGCGCUGUAAUUGGCCUCUGAGGUAUUCGGAGGUAUCCCAGAAUGCCUGUUCAGCCACUCUGCUCAUCAGUUCGCACUCUACUGCCCUGGCCUCAGGUGACCCGCCCUUUAAAUGCCCCGGGAAUUUUAAAAAUCCCCUUCCUGUUUGCUCAGCCAGGUGUGGAGUGCAAUCAGUGAAUCUUUCCAGGUGACCAUGCCUCCACGCGCCAAACGAGCCCCAGCAUGGAGCAAUGGCGAGUUGCUGGACCUCAUCAGUGUUUAGGGGGAGGAAGCUGUGCAGUCACAGCUGCGCUCCAGCCGUAGGAAUUACGAUACCUAUGGGCAGAUCUCAAGGUCCAGGCUGGAACGGGGCCAUGGCCGGGACAUGGUGCAGUGCAGGGUUACAGUAAAGGAGCUGCGAAGUGCCUAUUGCAAAGCCCGUGAGGGAAACCGCCGCUCAGGUGCUGCCCCCACAACCUGCCGUUUUUACAAGGAGCUGGAUGCGAUACUUGGGGGUGACCCCACUGCCAAUCCGAUGACCACGAUGGACAGUUCAGAGUGGAGAGAGGAGGGGGAGGUGUGGGGGGGAACCGAGAGUGAGGGUACUGGGGUGGGGGGAGACACCCCGGAGUCCCAGGAGGCAUGCAGCCAGGAGCUCUUCUCAAGCCAGGAGGAAGGUAGCCAGUCGCAGCAGCUGGAACUUGGUGAAGGACAAGCAGAGGAGCGGGUUCCCGUGUCCUUGAAUACUUGACUGGCCGUAUCAGAGACUGCUGAGAGGCUACAAAACCUGA